UGAUGGCAGGUACUGCUAUGUCUGAACAUUCUCUUGACACAGACAAAGAAAUCCUGCUAAAUCUGAAAUCUUUUCUGGAAGAACGAAAUCCCAUAAACAGAGGAGGGUACGAGAAAUGGAACCAAACGAGCUCGAAUCCAUGUGACUGGUACGGAAUCUCAUGCUCUCUGGACGGGGCAAGAGUAACUGGUAUAGACCUCUCUGACAACCGAAUCUCUGGGGAAAUGUUCCAGAGUUUCUCAGCCUUAAACCAGCUUCGAUACCUUGAUCUCUCAAAGAACACGCUACAGGGAAAAAUCCCUGAUGACUUGAGUAGAUGCCACAACCUUGUAUACCUCAACCUAUCACAUAACGUCUUAGCAGGUGCGUUGAACUUGGCUGGGUUGACCAGUUUAGAGAAGCUUGAUUUGUCCACAAAUCGGUUUCUUGGGGACCUGCGGCUUAGUUUCCCAGCAAUUUGCAACAAUCUAGUUGUUGCAAACCUUUCAAUAAACGAUUUCACGGGUAGAAUUGAUAACUGCUUUGAUGGGUGCAAGAAUCUGCAGUAUCUGGACUUGAGCGCCAAUGAUUUUACUGGUUACCUCUGGACUGGGUUUUCAAGGCUUGCAGAGUUCUCAGUUUCUGAAAACUAUAUCACCGGGCCAAUUUCUGCAUCUAGUUUUGAGGAGAAUUGUAGUCUUGUAGCUUUGGACUUAUCUGAAAACAAUAUCCAAGGUGAAGUUCCUAUGCAGAUUUCGAAUUGCAACAAUUUGGUUGUCCUAAAUCUCUGGGGAAACAAUUUUAUAGGGCCAAUUCCCUUACAGAUAGGAUCGAUUUUGACCCUGGAAGGCUUGUUAUUGGGUGGCAACAGUUUUUCUAGAGUGAUUCCAGAAACCCUUUUGAAUCUGAAGAACUUGGCGUUUUUAGAUUUGAGCAGGAACAAUUUUGGUGGGGAAAUACAGGAUAUUUUUGGCAGAUUUACGCAAUUGAAAUAUCUUGUACUUCAGGGGAAUUUAUAUACAGGUGGUAUAGUUUCUUCUGGCAUUCACAGGCUACCCAACAUCAUUCGGUUAGACUUGAGCUACAACAAUUUCUCCAGCUACUUGCCUGUUGAAAUCUCUCAAAUGCUAAGUUUAAAGUUCUUGAUCUUGGCCUACAAUCAAUUUAAUGGUACCAUACCACCGGAGUAUGGAAACUUAUCACAGCUACAAGCCCUUGAUCUCUCCAACAAUGGGCUCAUUGGAUCAAUUCCGCCUGCCCUCGGAAACUUGAGCUCUCUCUUAUGGUUAAUGCUUGCAAACAACUCACUCACUGGUGAAAUACCGCGUGAUAUUGGAAACUGUGGUAGCUUAUUUUGGGUAAACCUUGCUAACAACCAACUUUCCGGGGCAGUUCCUCAUGAGUUAACAAACAUCGGAAGAAAUGCUAGUCCAAUAUUUGAAUCAAAUCGGCAGAGUGACCACAUGAUUGCUGGUCCGAGUGAGUGCUUGAUGACACAGAGGUUGCUUAGUGUAGACGGAUAUACACCUUUUGGUUCUAUAUACACCAUUCCUACUAGGAAAAUUUGUAGAAGGAUGUGGAAUCAGCUUCUGAAAGGAUAUGGCUUUUUCCCAGUAUGUGCUAUGGGUUCAUCAGUGAGGAGAUAUCAAAUCUCAGGAUAUAUUCAACUUAGCGGGAAUCAACUAACAGGUGAGGUCCCUCAAGAUAUUGGUAAGAUGAAGAAUUUUAGUGUGUUACAAUUAGGUUCCAAUGAAUUCUAUGGGAAACUGCCUACAGAGAUUGGAAAUCUGCCAGUUAUAGUCCUAAACAUCUCCGGGAACAGAUUUUCAGGCCAAAUUCCUAUAGAAGUUGGGAAUAUGAAAUGCUUAAGGAGUCUUGAUUUGUCACGCAACAAUUUUUCGGGCACAAUGCCCAUGCAGCUUAAUAACCUGACUGAGCUGAGCAAUUUUAACAUUUCAUUCAACCCACUCCUUACUGGCAGAAUUCCAGAAAGAGGGCAAUUAGGAACAUUCGGGAAAGAGUCCUUCCUGGGAAAUCCACUGUUGCACAUUCCAUUGUUCGACUUGGACGAUCAACUUCCACCACCACCACCACCAUCAAACUGGCAGGGUGAAAAUGAAAUUGGAAUGGAUGGAGAUGGCUUGAACUCUGGAAAUGGAUUUAGUUGGGAAGCGUUGUUGACGGGGUAUGGAUGUGGAAUGGUAUUUGGAGUGGCGGUGUUCUAUAUUACUUUUCGAAAAGGUAAACCAAAUUGGUUUGUCACCAUGGUUGAUGGCAUCCAUCAAUGGAAGGCACGAAAACGGAAUGCUUCUCGCAGAGGUGAUUGAAGAAGGAUUUAGUCAGUGAGAGUGGUGUACCAAGGUUUGUCUUACAUUUGUGAUUCUGAGUUCAAGCUGAUUGUUAGCUCUGUGCAUAACAAUACCAGCAGUAAAGUAUUGGCUGAUGACCACUUUGAGAUGUGUAAUUGAGAUGCUGUAACUAAUGUAUUUACUCCUUUUCAAAAAAAAAAAAAAAAAACCAAUGUAUUUACUCUUUCAUGUCCCCUGCUUUAGUAUAUCAGUUUGAGAUCCUUCUGAAUCUCCUUAAUUAAUGUCAUAAAGCUAUAAC